GCACACAGGCGCAACAACCCAUCGGAUGGACGGAAGAAAAUCGCCGCUUUUGGACGGUUGAAGUAGAAUCGCGAGCCGCGCGGAUCGUCCGGUGUUGGAUUCGGUGUGUGCUGUGAGUUUGGUGAGGAGAAAAGUGCCACACUUGUUUUUUUUCUUCUGCUGGGGUAGUGCUGUGUGCUAGGUUGCAGCGACUGUGCUGCGGCUGUUUGCUGGCAAUUCAAUUCGCGCAUCAGGCAGGCACAAGUUUGUUUUGGUGUCGCUUCAGCCUGGGUGCUGUGAGGCAGUGGGUGGUAGAAGCUGGUGGUGUAUUAGUGUGGUGUGGUGCAGUGGGCCAGCAAGUUGCUGUGUGUGUUCGUGUGCCGAGGGAAAACAAGGGCAAACGGGGCAGUGGUCGGGCGGUCAUCCGCGAGUGAGCUCAGUAUCACGCAAAGCGAUUGUCGUCAGAGUGGCAAUAAAAGGAAAAUACUACGCAAGGAAAGGGCUGAAGAGGGUGUUUUAUUCAGCUGUGUUUAUUCAUUUUUUUUUUGGAGUACAACCUACUACGAGUGUGCUACCAGUAGCUUGUUACAACGACCCGCACACGACCAAUAUUUACACCGCACGUUUCGAUAAUUGUAGCUGCAGCAACAACAAAACGGAUCACGAUCAAAGAAAUUGAGGCUGUGUGUUGGAUGCAAACCAAGAAGAAGCAAAGAGAAAGCCGGCUACGGUGAAGCGAUAAAGAAAAAUAAGAAGCUCUAGUGUAUUAGUGAUGUGUUUCGCAAUUCUUUCCCUCACUCGUGUGGUAGUAUAAUGAUGUGAUAUGGAAUGCUUCAGGCGCUGCUGCUGUGUUUUCAACUUUCAGUCGCACGAGCGAUGUUUUGAUUUGCGAAUGUUUUCCCCCGUUCUGAAAACACGAUGCAAUUAGCGGCCGACGACAUUCAGUCAGCUGAGGUUGAAAAGUAAACACUCGUGUGUGAGCGCGCACAUUGGCAGUGGACUUGCGCACCACUCCCUUCCUAAACACCGCUCCAGUGUUUGUGGCCAAAUCCUUCGACCGACCAUGCAUAGCACUGGCACUGGCGGAGGAUCGCUAACUUUGGUGGAAUCGGCCACCAAUAAUACGGCGACUUCGACAACUGCUACGGAUAACAGCAGAACCCACAGCAACAUGGUGACGGUGUCGCAGAUAAGCCGGAGCAAUAGGCGCAAAGUUAAGGAUUUUAAUGAUAGCCUAAUUUGCUCCCUCUGUAAUGGAUAUUUCAUUGAGGCUACAACCAUCAACGAUUGUCUGCAUACCUUUUGCCGAUCCUGCAUAGUGCGAUACUUGGAAAGCAAUAAAUACUGUCCCAAAUGCAAAUCCUACAACAACAAAACGAUCACGGUGGCUAAUUUAAGGCCGGAUCGGAUACUGAAAUCUCUGGUUUACAAACUUGUUCCGGGGCUUCAUCGGGCCGAAAACCAGCGGGCGGCCAAGUUUUAUGCCGAACAACAGCAACAGCAGCAACAUAUCGGCAAAGAUGACCUCGGGGGAAAUCGGAAAGCGCCACUUGCUGCUCCGGACCACUGCUACCUGGACGACCAGAAUUUCUUCUCACCGGAAGAGCUUAUCAGCCUCUCGCUCGAGUACCACUACGACUCGAUUGGGGACUACGACCCGAAGGCCCAGGCCAAGCUGCCCGUCACGUACCUCUGUUGCCCGGCGGCCGUCACCGUACAUCAUCUGUACAAGUUCAUCCUGACCAAGAACGGGCUGGCCCUCGGAAACGACCGGAUCCAGGUCGACAUCAUCUACGAGGACGAGAUCCUACCGCACGAGUUCACCCUGAUGGAUGUGGCGUACUGUUUCGACUACAAAAGGAGCUCACGAAUGCGACUGUUUUAUCGUAUCUUCAUUCACCCAACCGCAAAACCGACGGGCUCGUCCACCGCAUUCAACAAUGUGGGAAGCGAUAAAAAUAGCAACGAGAGUAAUAACAACAACAACAGCAACAAUAAUAACAGCAGUAGUAAUAACAAUAAUAGUACCAGUAACAACAACAGCAACAAUAAAAGUGGCAACAACAGAAGUGGCAGUGGUGGAACUGCCACCGGUAAGACAACCGAUAAUGCUGAAGGUGCAGAAGAAAGUGGUGGUGACGAACGGAGAAACGGUGCUAAUAAUAGUAGUAGCAGUAGCACUGGCGAUGCAAAUCUAAACACUGUCAGUCAGGAAAAAAAUCAAGAAUUAUCAUCUUCUCGGUCGAUUGACAGUGGAAAGGUGGCCGGCAGUGGUGUUAAUGGAGCUGGCGACGGUGAGGUGGAAGCUGCUGGAAAACGUGAUUGUAAGAAAUCGAACGCGGAGAAUGUUGAAAGGCGUAGUGAAAGUAAUGAGGGUGUGAAUAGUUAUACAUACGAUAGCAAAUUGAUUAUCACCAAAAGCUGUAAAGCGGAAAAAGGCGGUGGAAGUGAUAAGAAGGAGAAAGAAUCGCUGAAGCUUGUUUUGGUAACCAAGAAAAGUGACAAGAACGAUUCGAAGCUAGUUUAUUCCAAAAGUGACGUGAAGCCGGGUAAAUCUCCAAAGCAGAGCAGUCCAAGUGGGUCGGUUGGGAGUUCGGGGGAUUUCAAACGUCUUCGUAGUAACGAAAUUCGAUACUGCGAGUAUGAGACAACGUCACCGGUUUUGCCAAAAGCGACGGCUCCGUUGACAGGCAAAAGUGGAACCGUUCCGGGUGAUGACUUGAGAAAAUCAGAACCGCAGCAGGCUAAGAAGCACAAUAAAAUAAAUAAUGAUUAUAGCAGCAGCGUUGGUGAUUCUAGCAACGGGAAAAAGUCGCUAGAAGACAAUAGUCGAAACAAGCAAACGACCAGUGCUGAGAAAGCUGAAAAUGGUGAGACAAAAAGUAAGCAUGAAAAAUCUAAAUCUUCUCCACACCACCGGAAUGAAAGCAAUGGAGCAGCAGUCAAUGCGAAUGUAACGGCAUCUAGCAGCACGGAAAAGAAUGAAAAGUCAUCCGAGUUAAAGUGUUAUGUGAAUUUGAAGAAACAAACGGUCGUUUCCCCGCUGACAUCAUCGGUGGAAAUGAUUCGCAAACCUGAAGUUCCUAAGUUGAAAAUAGAGCUACCUAGUCUGAAAACUAAAAUUUCGAUCCCAAAAGCAGACAGUGAAAAAUCACCGAGAACGGCACAUUCAUCGUCGACGUCUUCAUCGGCGGCAACGUCUCCGGCCACCUCUUCCACUGCUUCCGGUAAGUCUCCGAUUUGGAGCAGACCCGACGAUAGCAGCCUGAAGCCACCGGAAGCGCCCAGAAUUGAUAUCGAAGAAUAUGCCAAAACAAUUGGCCUCAAACCAGUGCACAGGUCUGUCGAACAAGAGUCUCUCGCUGUCGUUAAAAAGAAAAAGAAAAAUUCUAGCUCGUCUUCACCGGAUCCAUCGUUUUCGUCGUCCUCCCACCGGAAGCGCAAAAAGGCCAAACACUCGAAAGAGGCCGGCGGCAGCAAGCGGAGAAAAUUGCACGCCGAAAUUUCCUCGCAGCACGACGAGAGUUUGAAAAUGAAGGUCAAACUUACCGAAAAGCCGUCAAAGCACGAACGCAAACCGAGCGAGGAAAUUGUUACCACUACUAACACUUCUACGACGACUAGCACGCCUAUGACGAUGACGACCACAUCGCAAUCGCCUCGAGAGCUAAAUAGGCCAAUAGCGGAAGUUACCCCGUCGUCAUCCUCAACUUAUUCGUCGGCCCCGCGCGCGGCUAAUGCGGAAGACAAUCUAAAGGUGAUUGACAUCACGAAGGGCGAUGAUGAUGAUGAUGUAAAAAUUAUCGAACAUCCCACAACACAAGCAACGGCGGCCACAAUCCAUGGAACGACGCUGGCGACAAGGGUUAACGAGCUGCCAAAACUUCCAUUACAAUCGGGGGGAUCGGGAUCGACGGCGGAUAGUAGUUCAACUAAGGCGAAGAUUAAUGAAAUGAGGGCAGUUCGGCACAAGCCAAUGGUAUACAUUCCUAAUUUGGACAAGAAUUUAUCGGAUAAUUCCGCCACCAUCAAUAGCAUUAUACAAAGCGUGCAGGCAAAGGCCGGAAUCGUUGAGGCAGACAAUGAUGUACAGAUUAUUUCCAGCAGUGGUCUGCCCACAAAACCACCGACCAUGCCUUCGCUGGUUCCGACGACUAGGCCAACUACAACAACCACAGCUCCAUCAAACAGUAUGAAGCCACCGGCUAUCAAAACAGUUAUGGCCAAUAGCGCUAGACCUCAGCAACAGAAGCCACAGCAAGUGUUUAGUCCGCGUCAUACGCCAAACUAUCCGCAGCUGACGUUUACGAAUGUGGCAAAAAAAGUUUCCACGACACCCACCAACAACAGUUCAAAUCUAGCCCAGCCGAGAAAUGCAAAUCCUGCCCUCAAAAGAUCCAUCAGCGUUGAUAGUAACUCAACCUAUAACAUUCCCCCGAAGACGCCCCGCGUCGAUUUGAUGGAUGCACAAAGUAGGCUUUUGAAAAAACCUUGCUACGCACCUAUGUUCAACUUUGUGAAAGGUGCCAGCCUGGCGAAAAAUGGUCACACAAACAUGCCUACCUCGGCAAACGACGUACCUUUCAAGUCACCGAUCAGUUCAGCCUACACCAAGGAAAUUGGCACCAAAAAACCCCUACCCAGUCUUCUGCUACCUCCUUCUUCAAUCAGUGUCACUAAAAUGACGGACAGCGUUCCAGCUCCAGCACCGGUAGACAACCGUCCGGCACUGGAGAUUGUCCGAAUCCCAUCAACGGCCCCGGUUGCUGACAAACCGAAUCAGAAAGUCAUGGCUACAAAGGUCACUCGGCCUCCACCUCCCACAAUCCCGCUGAUGCGAAUAAAAAAAUCAGUCUCGGUCCCAGAACAACCGACGACACCGAUUUCACCUUCCGUUUUUCAAGUCACUAGCACCAGCUCUAGCAGCUCCACCAAUCUCACUACAACGUCCGCCUCUCAUCAGGACACCAGCGCCGGAGCUCUGGACCUAACAACCCGCACUAAUGACGAUCUGAUUAUUCUCGAAAGCAGCGACAGUUUAACGCCGAAAUUAAACGGCAACGACGCGAAGCCUAGGCCUAGGGCGAAAACGGAAACGGACGCCAAGAUUGAAAUCGAUAGCAACCGGUUGGAGUUGAUCAACUCGCUGAUACAAACGUCAGCUGCCUCGAUGAUAAAAGCGGGCUCCGGCAUGAUGGCCAAACUUCAGAACGCUGGCAUUCCCGGCCUAAAACUCCCAUCCGACAUGAUAGGAUUUGCCAUUGCCAAUCCACCUAACAGCAUCGGUUCAGGACCAGUCAUGUCCAAGUUUAGCCCAACAACCACGACGUCGGCAUCAGUGACAAAAUCGAUGCCACUGCCAAAGCUUACCGAAAUCAAUCGAAGCAAUCGGGCCGCGGCCGUCGUCCGUCAACCGAACCCAUCGGUGCGAAGCAUUCCGAACCCAUCAGCAUUGGCAUUUCGCAAUCAAGCCGCAUCGAUAAGCAGCAACUCUUCGUUGUCGCCACCCGUUGUUUCGUCCACCCUUUCGCCGACGUCAGCGGCGAAAAUCGCGAACGUAAACAUGAAAAUAAACAGUGCAAACACUACGACGACGCCGGGGCUGAAAUCGAGUAACGGGCCUCUAACGAUGAUGGGUGGUGCGGGCAGCCGGAGCAUCGCCGAAACGUUUUCGCUGCUGAUGCGAACAACCAACACCGGUGCAAUCGGAACGAUGGGCAGCACCAUUACAACGGCGACGGCGGCCAGCAGCAAUUUGAAUGGAAGCAACAAUAUUAACAACAACAAUAGCAUUAGCUCCAUCAACAAAAACAGUGACAGCGUUAGCUCGUCGACGACGUUCGGUGGAGCUCCGGGUAAAAAGACCAUUGAGAAAGUGGCGGCUGGAUUGCGAGCGGCCGCUGCGACGGCUACGAAUACCGGAGCGAAUGUGGCGAACGGUAAUCGCGUUUCGAGCAGCAGCAGCAACAACAACAAUAGCAACGGUAAUGGCUCCGCUACUGGUGUUGGUGCUAACGGUGGCUUGAACGUUGUUUAGAAAGAAGACAAAAAAAUCGCACGUGUAACCGCGCAUUAUUAUUGUUGAUCCCGAGAGUGCUUAGCGCUCGCUCGGGUGCAGCCGAAGGCCAUCCGCAAUAACCAGGAGCAGCCGGAUUCGGAUUCGACGAUUUUUGAUGACACUAGAGAGCGCGUUGAUGACCUGUCGAAAAAAUUAACAUCAAACAAAUCGCGAUGAGGUAAGGCAAAGUGAGUCGAAAGAAAAAAAAAUCAAAACUGAUCCACCACAUCGGGUUAGAGCAGCAGGAGAAGUUGAUUGAUUGACAAUGCUCACGCAACAAACAAAGCGGACCGGUGACGACGACGUGUGACAAUGUCAAUCCGUCCCGUCCGGCAUUGGCGACAACUGAGGCCGAUGACAUAGUGAAUACGAUGCGACGCGAUGCGGUGAAUGCGAUUCAAUGCGGUGAACCACAUUUGAUGAAAAUGUAUGUGAAUCGCUUAAACCUGACAUAGUCAACGCGGCGAAGCAGAUGUCAAUUUGUUCCGCCGCUCGAGUUCGCGUAGGCUGCGUCCGUAAAUUUUCCGCCAAUUCGCAUCGCAUCGCACUCACUAUGUCACCGGCCUGAGAGCGCUCGCUUGAGCAUAGAGAUAAGGUAACGAAGAGCAGAUAUAAUAUUGGUAAAAAAAACUCGGUUACAAUCGUGUUGACAAAGUUGUAACAAGCUGAACAGAGAUCGAGCGAGAAGUUUUGUGAGUGAUGAACUACCGCAAAGGCUUGUAUCUAUUGACUUUUGUUUCUUUUUUCUUGCAUUUUCUGUUAGAUGUUGAACAUCUUGACUGAAAUUUUUUCUUUGGUUCGACAAAAAAAUGACAUGUUUUCCGUGAAGUGUCAUAACUUAAUUUUUAUGAGUUCAACGUGAGAAUUGAAAUUCAAAAACGAGCUCAAAAUUAAGAUAUGGAUAAAAAAUUCAAGUUCAGAAACCAGAACAAGAAAUCCAAAUUCAAAAAUCAAAUUAAGAACAAAGUUUAUUGGAAAUGAGAAUAUCAAGAGAAAAUA